AUGUGGCUACAGUUAGAAAAAAGGACUAAUAAUUUCUUAUCCUGUCCAAAAACAAGAGGUUUUACUUGCAGAGUUUGCUGUGAAACGUUCGCAGAACCCCUUGACCUUUUGGCUCAUGCUGAGGAGCAUGCUCGUGGUUUCGAAUACAGUUGCAUGGUGUGCUCAGAAAAUUUUAUAAAUGAAGAAACGUGUGCCGUACAUGUUAAAGAACAACAUCCCGAAGAAGAAGGUUUACACUGUAGCAAAUGUCCAAGGAUUUUUUAUGAUAUAUCCAGAUUAGAAAAACAUCUGCUGUCACACAAAGAUGAAUCGUUAAUGAAUAAUGUGCAUGAUCAGACAACCAACAGAUAUAAAAACAUUGGUAAAUUAUCAGAUCAGCAAUUUUCAUGUCAAGAGUGUGGAAAAAGAUUUGCUACCAGAAGUUCUCAGCAAAUACAUAUGAGGAUACAUACAGGCGAACGUCGUUAUGGGUGCAGUUUUUGUCACAAAGCUUUCACAGAUGGGGGUACUCUCAGAAAACACGAAAGGAUUCAUACUGGCGAGAAACCUUAUGCAUGCGUCAUUUGUCCCAAAGCUUUCAAUCAGAGGGUUGUCUUAAGGGAGCACAUCAGAUCGCACCAUUCGGGCCCUGAUCCAAGUUGUUCUGAUAGUAUGACGCCGUUUCGUUGUACCAUCUGCUCGGACCAUCUGUACCAUCUGCUCGGACCAAAUCCAAAAUAA